AUGAUUAUUGAUAUUCAUUUAGAAGUCUUAGAAGAAUAUCAAAGGGGGGACACACAAUUGGCCCAGAAGGACUUCUUUGAAAUUUUGGUUGAAGAAUUUAUGGGAAGCAAGUCUAUAAAGGAGGAAGAUGUUCCGGAGGAACAUGUUUCUGUAGUUGAUGUUCAAAGUUCAGAUUCCGCGUUUAGGGAGGAAGACUUUGUUCCUAAGGAACAGGUUCCAAGUUCAGUUUCAGGUUUAGGGUUUAGGGAGGAAGACUUUGUUCCGAAGGAGGAUGUUCGAUGUUCAUAUUCCGGGUUUAGGGAGGAAGAUUUUGUUACUAAGGAAGAGAUUCCUAAGGUUGCUGUUCCUAACGGAGAGGUUCCAUGUUCAGAUUCCGGGUUUAGGGAGGAUGACUCUCUUCCUAAGGAAGGUGUCCCUAAGGAACAGGUUCCUAUGGAAGAGAUUUAA